AUGGCCUGUAGCUGGCGAGGUGACAGCUCAGCGGUCCGCUUCCCUUCUGUCCAAAGCCCUUCUACGGGACAUGGAGAUGUUUUGGAGGCGGAAAGCUCUCAGGCCCAGCCAAGCGGCGACAAGGAGCUUCGAUUUCGUGCCCUCACAGAGAGUGGCUACGGACUGCAGCGCGAGGGUCUGCGAUCCCGUGGAAGGGAUGGCUUGGGCGACUUCCGACAUGCUGAUCCAGGUCCGACACGCAGCUCGCACUUCAAGACGGCAUCUUCCCAGAUUCGUGGGUUAUACCUGGUGAAGUUUGCUGUAUCUGUGACCGCUUGUUACUUGACUAUCCAGCUCCUUAUAACUUUCGCCGAAGUGCUGCUCCCAUUCAUCUUUGCUAUGCUCGUCGUGAUUGUCUUGGAGCCGAUGAAAAAGUUUGUCUUGACAGCGUUCUCAAAUCUCGCGGUUUGUGUUCUGACGGCCCUGCGGAUGGACUUCUGCGUCGACAACAUGUCGAUGCAUGGCUUCGCAGAUGGACGCCUGCCGAGUGUUGAUGAAACGACGCCAGUCUACGGCAGCCUCCCAGACGAUUCCACAACAGAGGAUAUGCCGCGGCCAGCAAAACCUGUGCCCUGUCUGAAGAGAUUUCUGGUGACCAUCUCUAUAAUCUUUUGCAUGCUCGUUAGCGGGCGUGUUCUCUGGAUGAUUGCCAGAGUCUUCUUUCGCGCAGGGGCCGUGAUCUCCUCCAACUUGGACUUCUACAAGCAGGGUGCUGAGCGCCUCAAGGGGUGGGUGCAAACGUACAUCCACGACCUACACAUCAGCUCACUUGACUACGGGGAGCUCCUGGACGAGCUUGUGGCCGAGGUCGAGCACAUAGGCAGCGUCGUGACCCAGAGUGUCAUCUACACUGCAGUGCAGGCAGUGGUUACAUUCAUCUUCCUGAUUUAUAUGCUUUGGAGUCCGGUCAAGGUGGACGGCAGUGCAGUGAAGUGUCUUACGUCAGCCUUCACUGGGCUGUCGAUUGGAAUCUUGCUCUGGGCCAUUGGCCUGGACCUCCCGGCUGCGUUCGGCCUGCUAUCCUUCCUGGCCAACUUCUUGCCAGGUCUGGGGGGUUCCUGGCAUGCUGCUCUCGGUGCCACUGCUGUCAGUGGUGAGGACAGGGUGCACAAGCUCAGUAGCUUGGAGUCAUAA